GGUGGGCCUUGAAUUGCCAACAGCCACCCCCCUCCCUCUCCUUUCCAGCAGGAGCCCGCAUCCCCGAGGGAGAAGGGACAUCAUCACGGGCCCUACCGCCCGCCCUCUUGAGAUGGCCACCCAGGAGGAGGAGGAAGAGGAAGGGUCAGGGGCUGAGGAAAGGUUAACAGCAGCUCCCUUGCCCGCGGAAGAGGAGCCCACCCCGGGCAGGGGCGCUGGGGAGUGGGCGUGGAGCAGCGGCCAUCGGUGGCGAGAGCAGGCGCCCCCCACCACCACCACCACCCCAACCCCCUGCCGGAAGAGCUACAUCUGCAGCGAGUGCGGCCGCAGCUUCGACAAGUAUUCCAAUUUCAAGCAGCACCUGCGAGUGCACUCGGGGGAGAAGCCCUUCUCCUGCCGGGUCUGCGGCAAGGACUUCAACCUGCUGUCCAACCUGCGGCGCCACGAGAGGACCCACACCGGGGAGCGGCCCUUCUCCUGCCGGGUCUGCGCCAAGGCCUUCAGCGAGCUGUCGAGCCUGCGGCGCCACGAGAGGACCCACACCGGGGAGCGGCCCUUCCCCUGCCCCUUCUGCGGCAAGGCCUUCAGCAGGUCUUGCAUGCUGGUGAUCCACCAGCGCACCCACACAGGCGAGCGGCCCUUCCGCUGCCCCCGGUGCGACAAGAGGUUCAGCGACCCUUCCAGCCUCCGCAGCCACCAGCGCACCCACACCGGUGAGCGCCCCUUCCGCUGCCCGCAGUGCCCCAAGGCCUUCCGUUACUCCUCCAGCCUGCUGCAGCACCAGCGGGCCCAUGCCGGCGAGAGGCUCCACACCUGCCCGCUGUGCGGCAAAGGGUUUACCAAGUCGUCCACCCUGGCCCAGCACCGCAGCACCCACAGCCGGGAGAGGCCCCACAAGUGCCCGGUCUGCCAGCGCGGCUUCUCUCGGGCCUCCGUCCUGGGGAGGCACCAGAGGGUCCACGCCUGGGAGGGGCCGCGCGUCUGCGCCGACUGCGGGGCCAGCUUCAGCACCUCGGCCGGGCUCCAUGGGCACCAGUGCCUUCCCAGGGGCAGGGGGGCCCAGGCGCCCGGGGAGGGCUGACGCGCGGCCUCCCCCCUGCCAUCACCCCACCACCACUUCGGGACCCGGCCCCCCCCCCACCGACCUUCCCCUCUUUCGCUGCGCGGGGUCUCACGGAUGUUUCGCCCAACUUCCAUUUCUGAGCCCCCAGGGGCUUGUUUUCGUGGGACCAGUGCUUCCUCUUCCCCACUCCCUGACGCCCUCGCUUUUGCCCGUGCGGGUGGUUGUGGUGGGGGGGAGAAGGGAGGAAAUGCAAGUCGAACGGACCAGCGUUGUGCCUUGAUGGGCUAAGAGCGACCGCGGUGUUUAUUGAAGGGUAAAGAGUAUACCAGGAAACGCUAAAAAAAACACGCCACUUUUUGGAGUUGUGCCCUGCCGAAUGGGACAAGUCUCGUUGGAUGUGGUCCACUCCACCUCUGAGCUUGAGUUGGCCACUAGGAGCUCCAUCUAUCCUUCUCUGCCUUCUCACAAUCCCCCCCCCCACCAAAAGAUUCCUGGGGGUCGAGCCUCGUUUUGUCCUUGACUCCGUCAACAGCCAAGGGUGGAAGGGCAGUCAAAAUGGUGGCCAGCUUCGACUGGUUUCCAAGCUCACGAGGUUGGCCUGGCCCCCUUUAUUGCGAGGGGAGUGGGAGUAGGAAAUCUGGGAGAGUCUCGCUUCAACCGGACGUGGUGGCGUGUUGGGAAUGACGUUGAGACCCCCGCCCCUCGCCUCGCCUCGCCUCUCCGGCUGGAACACCCUGUGUAACAUUUCACCCUCCUGACUCGAAGGGACGCUGUUUCGGAUCGGGGUGAGGGGAGGGGAACGGGUCUCCUGUUUCAGACAGAGACGAGGGAUGCGAGUCUGCGGGACGGAUUCGCGUGGCGAGGAAACUGUGCCUUUGGCCCAUCCGGUCACCAAACUAGCCCAGUGCCACACCUGCCCGCUCCUGGCCCCAUACCCCUCCAAAACUUUCCCUAUCCAUGUACUUAUCCAAAUGUCCUUUUAUACGUUGUAACUGUGCCCACAUCCACCACUUCCUCAGGAAGUUCAUUCCACACAUGCACUACCCUCUGUGUAAAAAAAAAUUUGCCCCUUGUGUCCAUUUUAAAUCUCUCUCUCUUCUCACCUUAAAAACGUGUCCCCCCCGUCUUGAAAUCUCCCCCACCCCAGGGAACAGACACCUUCCAUUAACCUUAUUCCUGACCCCAUGAUUUUAUAAACCUCGAUAAGGUUGCCCCUUACGCUCCAGCCUCUUCUUAUAACUCAAACCCUCCGUACUUGGUAACAUCCUGGUAAAUCUCUCCCUGAACCCCCUUCGGCUUUAAUAACAUCCUUCCUGUAAAGGGAUCGGCGGGAGACCAGAACUGGGCACACAGUUGCUCCAGAAGAGGCCUCACCAACAUCCCUGUUCAACCUCAAUGUGACAAUUUUAUAACCUUCUGAUGCUCCAGUGGAAAAAAGUUCCAGCCUCUCCUUAUAACUCAAAACACUCUGUACCCGGCAACAUCCUGGUAAAUCUCCCCCCGAACCCUCUCCAGCUUUAAUAACGUCCUUCCUGUAACGGGGGGGGGGGACCAGAACUGGGCACACAGUUGCUCCAAAAGAGGCCUCACCAACAUCCCUGUACAACCUUAACGUGACGUCCCUGACUCCUACAUCCCCCCAAAGGGUCUGAGCGAUGAAGGCGAGCGUGCCGAAUGCCAUCUUCACCGCCCUGUCUACCUGGACGCUAACUUCAAAGGGUUAUGUCCCUGCAAAACCCCCCCACUCCCAGGUCCCUCUGUUCUACAACACGACCCAGGGCCCUACUGUUAAUUGUGUAAGUCCUGCCCUUAUUUGUUUGUUUUACCGAAAUGCAACACCUUGCAUUUAUCCAAAUUAAACUCCAUCCUCUGUUGACCUCGAACUGUCAGCAUUCUCCCCAAAUCAAUUUGGGUUGAUUAAAGAUUGGGCAUACUCGGACUGCCUCAUUUCUUGUUGGAAAAUGUGGGCUUGUUUUUAAGGGUCCCUCUCUCUCCCAAGCUAGACGCCACUUCCUGGCUUUCGCCUUGGGAUCCUGCAGUCUGGAUUCAUGUCUGCGCACACCGCAGAGACUUGCGCAUCUCCCUGGAAGUUCACUUUGGAAAGCAUGGUGGCUCAGUGGUUAGCCCUGCUGCCUCAUGGCGCCAGGGACCCUGGGGCGACUGUCUGUGUGGACUUUGCAUGUUCUCCCCAUGUCUGCGUGAGUUUCCUCCCACAGUCUGUAAAAUGUGCAGGUUAGGGUGGAUUGGCUAUGCUAAAUUACCCAUAGUGCCCCAGGGAUGUGCGGGUUAGGGUGGGUUGGCUAUGCUCAAUUACCCAUGGUGCCCCAGCGGUGUGCAGGUUUGGGUUGGUUGGCUGUGCUCAAUUACCCAUGGUGCCCCAGGGGUGUGCAGGUUUGGGUGGAUUGGCCGUGCUAAAUUACCCAUAGUGUCCCGGGGUGUGCAGGUUAGGGUGGAUUGGCCGUGCUGAAUUACCCAUAGUGCCCCAGGGAUGUGCGGGUUAGGGUGGAUUGGCCGUGCUAAAUUACCCAUAAUGCCCAAGGGAUGUGCAGUUAGGGUGGGCCGUGCUAAAUUACCCAUAGUGCCCCAGGGAUGUGCGGGUUAGAGCGUAGAACAGUACAGGCCCUUCUGCCCACGAUGUUGUGCCGAACUUUUACCCUAAACCUAAGGUCUAUCUAACCUCCGCCCCUACCUUAUACUAUCAUCCACAUGCCUGUCUAAUAGCCGCUUAAACGCCCCCAAUGAGGCCGACCCCACUACCCUCUCCUGGCAAUGCAUUCCACGCCCCGACCACUCUAUGAGUAAAGAACCUACCUCUGACGUCUCCCCUAUAUCUACCUCCACUCACUUUAAAACUACAUCCCCUCGUAAUAGCUACCUCCACCCUAGGAAAAAGUCUCUGGCUGUCCACUCUGUCUUUCCCUCUGAUCAUUUUGUACACCUCUAUCAAGUCAGCUCUCAUCCUUCGUCGGUCUGAAGAGAAAAGCCCCAGCUCUCUCAACCUUUCCUCGUAAGACCUUUCCUCCAUUCCAGGCAACAUCCUGGUACAUUUCCUCUGUUAGGGUGGGUUGGCCGUGCUAAAUUAUCCAUAGUGCACAGGGAUGUGCGGGUUAGGGUGGAUUGGCCACACUAAAUUACCCAUAGUGCACAAGGAUGUGCGUGUUAGGGUGGGUUGGCCGUGCUAAAUUACCCAUAGUGCCCCAGGGAUGUGGGGGGUGAGGGAGGGUUGGCCGUGCUAAAUUACCCAUAGUGCCCCAGGGAUGUGCGGGUUAGGGUGGGUUGGCUGUGCUAAAUUACCCAUAGUGCCCAGGGAUGUGCAGGUUAGGGUGGGUUGGCUAUGCUAAAUUACCCAUAGUGCCCCAGGGAUGUGGGGGUUAGCCGUGCUAAAUUACCCAUAGUGCCCCAGGGAUGUGGGGGUUAGGGAGGGUUGGCCGUGGGGAAAUGCAGGGAUACAGUAGGGGUGUGUAGGGGCACAAUAGUCUUUUGAGGGUCAGUGCAGACCCAAUGGGCUGAAUCCUCUCUUCUGCACUGAGAAUCCUGACGUGCUCCCAUUCCCGCCCGCACCCUUCAAAUCCCUCCCUCCCUGUCUCCGUCACCUCCUCCUCCAGCCCUACAAUCCUCACCCUCCUGUUCAAAUCCCCUCCCUCCCUAUCUCCGUCACCUCCUCCAGCCCCCUACAAUCUUCACCCUCCUGUUCAAAUCCCUCCCUCCCUAUCCCCGUCACCUCCUCCAGCCCCCUACAAUCCUCACACUCCUGUUCAAAUCCCCUCCCUCCCUAUCUCCGUCACCUCCUCCUCCAGCCCCCGACAAUCCUCACACUCCUGUUCAAAUCCCCUCCCUCCCUAUCCCUGUCGCCUCUCUCUGUAGAAUGUGUUGCACCGUUGGUGUGAGGUUGCUUGGUUUGGGGGUGGGGGGGUGGGAGGUGGUGGUGGUUUGCAGGGGAAUGGUAUGACCGUGACGAAGGGCGCUGGUGAAAUGCAGACGUUCUGUUGCAAGCCAUCUUCCCCCGAUGCAGCGGCUGAUCACAGCGUUGUCAGUGCCGAUUCGUUCUGGUCUGCUCCUGUUCCCGCUGCAUCCAACGCGGAGCAUACGUGUAUUUUGUUUUGCACCGGUUGGAACAGCGGCGUUGUGUUUCCUUCGAGCUGCCUCAUGUUCCUGUUGGUGCCUGAACGUUCUCUCUCCUGGCACUGGAGGGGCAGCAGCGUUGUCCGGUGGGGAUGGGGGGAGAGAAGGGGACGAUGCAUAGGAGGUUAGGUGGGCGCAUACUGGUAAAUUGUGGCCUGGAAAGUGGGGGACGCGGCAAUGACCCCUGGAUGCUUGGCCGCGGAUCGCGAGCUGGAAGGCGGUCUGCAGAAUGAAUAAAGCUGUACAGAACGGU